AUGGAUACCGUCCAUAACCCUUCCCAAGACAUCCCUUCCGAGGGCCAGAAUCACCAUGAAUCCAACAACCAGACAACAACUCACGAUGCAAACGAGCCCAAGCUUCACAAGACCCUUGACAACCAACGCACCAUCACCCUCUCAAGUGCUCUGGACCAAGAGGAAGACAUGAGAAUGGAGUUGCAAUAUUUGACAAAAAUGGCAGACCUACUUACAAAUUUAUCAAUCGAAAAAGAGGAGAUCCGAAAGCUUGUUGCUUCUCAUUGCGGGUUAGCCAGCCCUGAUAUGGUUCAAGUGCCGGAUAUGAUUGACUCAAAUAAUCACCUGACGUGGUUGUAUGGAAGCUUCAACGUGUGCAUCCCAGUGCGCAUCAACGCUGGAUCACACCUACCUGCAAAAAUGGCAUUUAGGGUGCCUUUGCUACAUAAGAUUGGUGAAGAGGCGUUCCCUGGUAAUGCUGAAGAGAAAGUGCGGUCCGAGGCUGCAACCUACAUCUGGAUCCAUGAGAACUGCCCGGAUAUACCAAUUCCAAAUCUGCGUGGAUUUGGCGUCCCUGGUGGCCUUAGUUUCUUCCAGCCUAGCUUCGUUCCACUCUGGCAGAGGAUCAGGACCCAUAUCUGGCGCUUUUUCUAUAGUCUGUUUCGAAGUUCAGACGGGAGCUAUGCGUCUUUUUGCAAAUACAUCCCACAAAAGAGGACUACAUUCUUUGAAUAUAGUUAUAUCCUGAUUGACUGGAUCGAAAGUGACGACUCGCAGAUCCUCGCGUAUACAUGGCAGCAGCCUCAUACAGACAAACAGACUGAGAAUCUAUACAGGGGCAUUUCAAAAGUUAUGAUUUCUCUUGCUAGGAUCCCACAACCCCGAAUUGGCUCUUGGACCAUCGAUAACGACGGCCGACUAAGUUUGUCCAAUCGUCCUCUAUUCCUUCAAUUCCAUCAACUGGAAAAUUGGGCUAUUCCAACUAUCCCGCGAAACAUCACCUACUCAACUGCUGAUAGUUUCUAUCUUGAUUUACUUUCUUGCCAUGACAGCCGACUUCGAUAUCAAAAAAAUUCUGCCGGUAGCGAAAAGGAUACACGUGAACAAGCCCGAGAUCUAGUGAUGAUGAGAGCACUUCUUCAUGAAUUUACCAGACAACACUCCCGGAAUGGCCCGUUUGUCAUGCAGCUGACUGAUCUGUAUCUUGGAAAUAUCUUCGUGGAUAAGGACUGGAAUCUCAAGCAUGUCAUUGAUCUUGAAUGGACAUGCUCUUUGCCACUUCAAAACCUAUUGCCUCCGUAUUGGUUGACAGGUAAGGGCAUUGAUCAACUCGAAGGCCCAGAGUAUGGACCGUUCAAGACAUGUUACGAAAAGUUUGCGGAGAUAUUUGAAGAGGAAGAAGACAGGGCAGGACAACUACACCACAAUGGACACCACCUGUCUCGGGCCACGAGCUUGAAAAGUGCCCUAGAAGAUGGUCGAUUCUGGUACUUGGCCGCACUCCGAAGCCCAAAGGGUCUGUUCAACGUUUUCAGACAACAUCUAAUACCAUUCUAUGGACUCACUAACGAAUACAAAUGUCUCGCGGAGACUGUAUCUUCAUUCUGGACACCUGGAAUGGCUUCAUUUGUGGAAGUGAAGAUGAAAGAACUGGGCCAGUACAAACAAGAGGUUCGGGAUAUUUUCGAUGAUAGUGCAAAGAGUGGGCAUCCUCGAUUCUCCCCCACAUAG